AUGGCCCUGCCUUCGACUCCUGGAGCCUCGGUCACUGGCCCUUCGAUCUUCGGCGGGCCUCCCCAAGCCGCUCAUACUAGUAACAACAACGCAGCCAAUUCGUCGCAUGCUUCCUUUUCGUCUCUAGCUUCGACUCUGACGGCCACGCCCGCCUCGGCUGCCUCAUCCAACAACACGUACAUUAUGCCCAACUCGCCCCUCAAGAACCGAGCCCCCAUGGACGGCUAUCGUCCCAAGGUGACGCGCACCCUGGGCCAGCGCACCGCCUGUCUCGUCAAUGCCUCGGUCACGUACUGCGGCAACAACCAGAUCUAUGUCUUUGGCGGCUUCGACCAGUACACGGACGAGGUCUAUAAUCAUGUCUUGCGCCUUGACCUGGUCAGCCACCAGUGGAGCCUCGUCGACAACUACGGGGACAUACCCGGCGUUAGGAUGGGCCACACGGCAACCAUGUACAAGGGCGACAAGCUCUUGGUCUUUGGCGGCGAGAACGAGCAUCGGACCUAUCUGUCCGACCUGAUCAUCUUUGACCUCAAGACGGCACACUGGACGCAGCCGCAGGUGACGGGCCCGAUACCCAAGGGCCGUGCUAGGCAUGCCGCCGUCCUACACGAGGACAAGCUCUUCAUCGUUGGCGGCAUAACGGGCCAUGACAACUACGUUCUCGAUGACAUAUGUUAUCUCGAUCUGAAGACGUUUACCUGGUCGCGGGCAUGGCGCUUUGUUGGGAGGUUUGACCACUCGGCCUACAUAUGGGGCGACAGAGUUUGGGUCUUCGGUGGCCUUAGUGAGGACAUGGACAAAGUCAACGAUCUCUGGUGGCUGGACCUCAAGGGCAGCCCCGCAUUCGAGUCGCCGCCCCAAAUCGGUUCCCUCGACCGCUCUGGCAUGCCCAGGAAUGCGACAUCGCCGAGGCCGUCGUACCCUGUGCCCCAGUCGCCCGUGGUCGGGUCGUCUGGCUAUGCCGCCAAUUCGAGGACUGCUCAAGUCAACCCCCCGUCAUUCCACCUCAAGACAUAUGCCCCUCCGGCGCCCGGCGCCAUCUCUUCGCUGAGAUUCGUCAGCGGCACCAACGUACCCUCACAGAUGCAGGGCGUUCACUUCCACGUCUACUCAUCGGGCACUCUCCUAGACUUUGUAACACCGGCAGCGACAAUAACGUCAAGGGAAUGCUCGCUGCUAGCUCUCGAUCUGGGAGCCCUCCGCUGGCAGAAGCUGGCCGAGGGGCGCGAGAUCUUCAAGCCCGGCUACCGCUGGCACUACUGCACAAUGAACGACGACGGCACAAAGGCCUGGCUGCUUGGCUGUCCCACCGACCCCGCCGCAAUCGACCUGGGUGCUAAUGGCCUCGAGGAAUAUCUAUCUGAUAUUAUGGAGAUCGAUUUGCGCCGGUACGGAUUCUUGGGUAACAACCACGCGCCUGAACCGCGAACAGACCUGGUUCGCCCGUCUUCGCGAACGCGCCAUGUCGAGCAGUCUUCCAAGGGGCUGGGGUCCGACCUUGCGAGGCUUUUUAAUCAGCCUCCAGAGAGCGGGAGCGGGACCGACUUUGUCGUCACGGCACUCUCGCGCGACUACGACGACGAGGAAAUCAUGGGCUCCGCGCUCAUCCAUCCCUCAGAUCCGGCCGAUGGUGAUCAGACGUGGCUUGCGCCCGACGUCCCGACUUCGCCUCCUAUCCACGUUCACCGGCUCAUCCUCCAGGCCCGCUGGCCGCACUUUGCACGUCUGUGGUCGAGCCAAAUGGCCGAGUUUCACACAAAAAAGAUGCACAUCCCUGAACCAUACAGCGUCGUGAAAGCAUUCCUGUACUACCUCUACACAGAUCGGAUUGAUCCUGGGUCGGCUGAUGAUGAAGACAACCUGACGGCCGACCUCUCGGACGUGGCCGGCCUGCUCGUCAUGUCCAACAUCUACAAUAUACCUCAUCUCCGACUCUUGUGCGUCAACCGCCUGAGCAAAGAACUGGACGUGGACCACGCCUGCAUCAUUUGGUACUGCGCCGGCCUGGCGAGCGAGGAAUGGCUGCGCAAACGGGCUGCGGGCUUCUGCAUGACGCACUGGGGACGCAUUGUCCGCACUGUUGGCUUCCAGCGCCUGCCACGCUCGGCCCUCGUCGAGCUGUCCCAGGAGAUCGACAUGGAGGGCCGUGUUAUUGGCGGCGAUGAGCUGGACAUGAUGGUCGGCGGUAUUGACAGCCGCUUCAGUGACAACGGCUCGGCCGUAUCGCGCCGGAAGGAGAGCAUCAGCAGCAAUCAAACGCAAAUGCUCGAGAGCGAGGCUGACGACGACGAUGGCAUGGAAAUGUCAUAA